UAUAUUUAAUAAUACUCUAACACUAUGUUCUACAGUGGUGUAUGUUCCCGCUGGUAACCGUGGAUUUAUGAAGAAAAUAAGAAAAUAAGGACUUUGGUCCCCCAAAAAGAAAGUGGUUUUUAAGAUGGCGAACGAAUACCACUGAAAGGGUCAUUACUCGGAGUUGAUGUUCAAAAGAAGAAUCUGACAUGCACAGUAAUUAACAUCGUGUUAAUGCCUGCCCAUCAACGAAAUCACCACUGAGUGGUGGAUGUUAUUUUAGCAGGAUGGCCUUCAACUUCAACCCUUUCACCGAAAAGGAGAUCACUAACUGGUUCAAGGCUUCCAUAGCGCUCACUAUGACAAAGGAUGGACUAACUAACUUUCUGUGCACCGAAUUACAGAAAUUACACACCACUGUUGGUAGAGGUUGUGGAAACUGCCCAAUUGGAAAACUUAUACCAUGUCCAACAAAUCCGUAUUGUAAAAAGAAGAGACGGAAUUAUUGUUCUUAUCACAUAUCACAGAAACCACAACCAUGCACAAGAUGUGAUAUCGUAAAACAGAAUAUCAUAUCACAGCACAGAUAUGGUGUACCUUCCUGGCGGAACACUCGUGCGGAAAUGUGGGCACUAGACUAUUGGGAAAUAGGUAAAUGCUACCUCCCUUCGGACGGAUAUACAAACUGUAGCAGCAUUUCCUCGGUCCAGGAAUUGGACUUCAAUGGCGUUAUAAGCAUCAUGUUGAACUGCCUACAUUUCCAGACAUGUCUGUCACCCUCAAGUCUAUCACCUCCACCGCCUAAUAAGCAAUGUCCACUAGAAAAGGUCCGUCUAAUCGGCCGAGACGUACGUAAUACAGCCGACUGCAAGGUUACUGAUGCUGAUCUGCAGGAUUGUUUCCAAAGACUGUCCACGCUACUGGCUGACCCACAAUACUUACAACAUGAUCCCUUAGCAGUAAUAAUGUGCAAGAGACUUAGUGAUUUGCAAAAUGAUAGAAUUUCCAUCACAGAGCUGGGCGAUCUGUUGAGAGAGGCCCAUCGAACACUUAAUUAUGCAAAAAAAGAGAGCGAACGAUUUUCACAAAUGGCAGAAAGAUAUAUAUUAGAAGCUGAAGAUGAAAUUGAAAGCAAGAUACAUGAUGGGAUACAACGCAUUCAAAACAAGAAACAGAAUGACAUUGUGUGCAUGAAACAUGAAGCGAACGAAACUUCACAAGCAGACUAUGAGCGAGGUGUAGAAGAAGUGAAACCAAAAACGGCAUGCACUCAUACGGAAGUUGAACACGAAAUUAAAAAGAUAGGCAAACAUAUUCAUGAUGGCAGGCUUGUCAAGCUAACCACAGCAUAUAUUGAGCAUGUGAAAGACUGCUUGAGUGACCCAGGCUCUAUUGAAGAAGGGGGAUAUGGAACUGUUUAUAUAUCCCGCUCUCACGUUGAUUGUUUCCGUCAAAGAAUAGUUCUUAAAGAACUUAGUGUUGAUGAUUCACCGAGGUCACGUCGCAAGGACAAGGUUAACAUUCUUGCCUCUGUAACAAAUGAGAAGCUGGCGUCACGUGUUAUGCACUUCGCUAUUGUGCCACUGAUUGCAUACCAUGAUGAUCUCAAGAAAGGGAAAUACUACUUCAUUGCACCAUAUCUUGAGAAAGGUGAUUUGUAUGCAGCGAUCCGAUCGGACAGAGAAUUGUUAGAUAAAAGCGCCCCAUCUGCGGAUUACAUACCUGUACUUAAUUGGAAGCACAGACUGAAAAUAAUGUACCAGAUUGCUUGUGCUAUUGACUAUCUUCACACUGGGAAUUCAUUCCGAAGUACAAUCCUGCAUAUGGACAUCAAAUCCAAGAACAUUGUACUAGACUCGGAACUCAACGCGCGUCUGAUUGAUUUUGGUCUUGCAAGAGAGAUGAAGGAAGGUGUAGAUUUGCAGACUACGACUCCUGUAUGCGGUACAGAGGGUUAUUUUCCAACAGUUCAACAUAAAAGACUUACACCAGAACACGAUUAUCAUAAUUUUGGAAUAGGUGUUGAUCCAACGGAGUAUGAGAAGGACAACGACAUACAACUGCGCAAAUGGGACAGUAGAAGAGUUGAGAACAGUAUACAGGAUCAAGUUUGGCCAAAGAAUUUCAAAAGACAGGAACUAAGAGCUUUAGCAGAUAAGUGCAUCGACAGCAUUAAAAAGGAAGGAACAUUGAAGUCAAAAAGCAUCUGCGAUGAAUUAAAGAAUAUUAUGAGAACAAACAGCGUCUCAACAUGGACAGGCUCGACAGAUAAACGAUGUGAAAUAUGUAUGGUGAACGAACACGAUGCAAAAAGCCCCGUGGCUGAAAUAAAUCAUAAGGACUGUUCUGGCAAAAUUAAGAUAUGUCAUGCCUGUAUGCGCAAUUCGUACUUUAAUCCCAUCAAAUGCCACACAUGCGAAAACGACAUCAAAGCAGUUAUUGGUGAUGGUUGGGGUGCAGUGUUGAUCGCCGGAUAUGAUGAGCAUGAAGCCAACUUGUUUAAAAAAGAUGUGACAGCAUUUGGAGAUGCUAUCACUAGUACAGUAUUGCCAACAAUGUGUAUCAGCAAAUCAAACUUAGUUGUUGUUGACUUCAAUACAAAAAGCGAGGAAAGUGCAUCUUCCAGGAUUGAAAAGGCAUUUAAAAUACUCGAGUCAAAACACGUACAUACGUUGGUUUUUCUGUACUCAGGACAUAAUUGCAACUUGGGAUUUCAAAUUGGAAGAACAUCAUCUCCAAAUGAAAGAUCUGAACACUUGUUCUAUCAUAAAAACGAACUAUGUAAAUGCAUUAAAGAGUUCAACGGUUUGGAAAAAGUGAUUGUAUUUUUGGACUGCUGUUACGCAAAACCUCUUGAUGUCCCUGAUCAUAUUUGUCUCAUACAGUUCAAUGCUACUGGUCCCAACGAUAAAACUAAAGUCGUAAGUGCAAAAGGGAGUAUAUUUACACGAUACUUGGUACAAGCCUUUACGAUGAAGGCGUCAGGUGAAAAGUGUAAACUUCAGGAUUGUGACUGUUCCAUUACUAGUGACUUCAUAACACUUGGGUCGUUGUGGGAUUACAUAUUGCGUCAUAGCCAACAUGAUGGCAUGGAGAAAAUGAUACCAUAUCAGAAUACAAAGAAUGUUCGUUGGGAUACAAUGUUUUUGGCAUAUAAUUAUAAUUUCAAGGUGAAAUUUUGCUUUGAUGUAAGAGUUCCGGAUGCAAACAUCAAUCAAAUGAUUGAAGUGUUACCAAGACAACUGACAGAGUUUAAAGCUUUAAAGCCGGGGAUUUUAUUUCCAGCAUGUUUUGAUAUGUUAACAAAACAAAUGAACAUGCAAGCGAGUGUAAGGCCAGAUGUGACGAGAUAUGCAGAUAUCUUGGCGAUCGAGGUUGAUGGUGGUCCCAAGCAAACCCAGGAGAUAGACAACAUGGAAAAGCUUUUGCUGGCGUGGAAUUCAAAACUGUUGUUCCGAUGCCGAUUCCGUCAGUGUAAUGAGAUAGAUCAAGGGCGACCAGUUGGGUUUGUUUUGAAGAAUGACAAUAUUGUAUGCAAAAUAUUGUCGCGUCUUAAUCCAGAACAGCACCCUCUUGAUAUAGACGGUUUGGAGGAAUUGAUGACGGCCUUAAACACUGAGGAAGACAACAUAAAACAUACAGAAUUGGUCAAGCCGUUGAAACUGUUUAACGACAAACUGUCCGCACUUCUGCAUGCCGCAAAGGAUAAUAAGUUGAAAAACAGAAAGUUGACAAUCAACUGCAUUGACGUCUUCGAGGACGGAUCGGUCACGCUGGUGUAUAUGGAGUUAACAAGCCCUGAAGAACAACUGGACAAUUGACGCUAUGUUCAAUUAAACUUCGUCUACGAAUUGAAGAAAGAGUACACAGUAGGCUGAUGAUGUCGGCAUUCACCGCAUGGUGCAUUCAAGUGUAAACGGCUUCGUUUGGCACAGUCCGGUUUACCUCGUGUUCCUGUAAAAAUGUCGUUUAUUCUAAACUACAGGUAUACUAAGUGGUGUAUUGAUUGCUGGUUAUUUAAAAGUGGGAAAUUAUACUGUUACAUACAAAUGAAGAACAAAGCCCGAACGUUGUGUAUUAAAUAGCCAACUGUAUAUAAGAUUACUUGCAUAAUAGUAUUACUUUCUUCUUGAACAUUUAGUAUGACAUUCCACUGAUUAUAACCGCAUGAAUGUGUAUUUACGCAAACAAUACUUGCAUUUUUAAUCUAAUGUGUUAUACGUAUAUUUAUGUUCCUAUUGUCAUGGUUUAUGGAGUGUUGAUGAUUAUUCGGAUAAUUAACUGAAGUAUAAUGUGACUACGGGCCAAUAGCAAUUAAUUCAGAAGAUCGUUUCAGUGUUGUUAUUGUCGAAUAUGUACAAAUUAUAUUACGCUUAAUAAACAAUAACUAUUGUGACCUUUUUACUUUCUUGCGUUCACAUGGCGCGAUAAUUCAUUGACUAUUGUUAAGAACUUAUACGAUUGUUAUGUUCCUUAAUUAGUAUUAUAUGAGCUAAGUAAGGACAAACACCCUUUGUGUAUUUUUUAUAUGAUGUUUGCUGCAGUAACACGUUAACAUUACGUUGAGUCACCUUAAAUUAUUUUUUUACUUAAAAUAUACAGUUGCAAUAAUUUUAUAUUGUAUUAUUAUAGUUAUAUAUGAAUUGUAUUAAUUUAAUCAAGAAUAUAUGUAUACAUUUGGGGUACCGACAUAUAAUUUUUGAAUCAGAAAAACUGAGUGAAUUGUUUUAUCUUUAUUAAAAUCAACAAUGUAAUGUUUUGAAUAAUACCGUCACACAUUUGUAAGAUAUAUCAACUGAAAAUAUAACAGUGUAGACAUGUAUUUGUUAACUGUGCGAUCAAAUAUUUGUGUUAGCCCUUUUCAUGUAUUAAUAUGUUACAUAUAAGUAAGAGAUUUCAAUAUUGCACAACCUGUUUAUUGGUUCCGAGAGAGACCUCUUUGUUGCUAUGAGAAAAGUAUAUUUACAUUUUUUAAUAAGCGACAGGGACUAAUGAUUGUAUUGUUCAUGUUUUGUAAUCCUCAAUGUUUAUUGAAUUAAAAUAGCCAGGCAGAACAUAUAUUCACACAUGUGAGUGAUUUUUAUUACUUUUCAUAGCCCAGUGAUCAACCAAUUUAUAUAAGAAUUGCAAACCGGUUUAUUAAAAUUUAACAACUUUUUUAUUUGACGGUAAAAGAAUAAAUUUUAAUACUUAGUAUCAAAAAAAUUGCUGAUGGCAGAAAUUUUAAAUUUAUGAAGGUUUGAAACAGCUAUUUUUAUGGAAACAUUACUUUAAAUGUACAUGUAUAGGUAUUCGUCGUGUGAUAAAUGCAGGCGUCAGUUAGAACCCUUCGCAUUUCUCAUAUAAAAACUUAAUGCGUUAGCUUCGAUUGAAACAAUGUUUGGCAGCUUUAUAUUACAUUUCUUAAAUUUAAUUUUUUAAUAUUCAAAAUGUUUUUAAUAGUUUUGAUACGCAUGGCUGUCAUUCAGCUAUCCGUGUAAAUUCUCGCCAGCACGUUGUACAUUCAUCUGCCAAAUAGCUUAUUAAAAUAUAUUUUCAAGGAAGAAGUGGUGAUAACUCUGAGAAAUGUGUGUGAUUUUCCAAAGGGAUAUGGAUCUUGCAUGUGCCUAACUGCCUGAUAACAAUGUACACUCAACAUAAGUUUCUCGUAGAGAUUUUAAUAUGAGUGUUACUUUUGUAAUUAACGUGUUUUAUUUUUAUAUGUUUUUUACA